UUGCAAGUUCUUCAGUACAAUCACAGACCAAGGUAUCGAGCGGACGAAAUUAUUUGGCACUAAAUACAAUUUUUCGCGAAGAAACUCACACUCAAAAUAACUAAUAAUACGUGAGAAGAAGAGUUGCAAAAUAAUAUUGUGAGAAUCUAAUAAAUAAAAGAAUUGUGUUUCGCGUUUAUCUGUUAUAACUUUUUACACAAUUUUGUUAUAACAUUUAUUUUUAAACAAUAUGAGCGAGAAUUUGGAGCAAAUAGAAUGCGCUAAGGACGAUAAAGAAGAAAAAAGAAUGUGUUUCAUAGAUGAUAAAAUAAAGGAAAGGCGCUUCGAGUUUGCGAUACAAUGUCUGCGUAAAGUUAUAAAGAUCGAGAAAAAUAUUGUCUUAUGUCCAAAUAGCCUGUAUGACGGACUCUGUGCAAUGCUCGAUUGUAACAUUAAUAACCUAAAAGAACUCCUUAAACUAAAAAAUUUAUCGGGUGAUACGUUAAAAAAAUAUAUGCACAAUAAAAGAAAAAAGGAGUUAGAUAAAUGUGAAAACGCGUCUGACGCUUAUUAUAUUGCUGACUCUCUAUGUUGGAUUGAAAAUAAUUCAAAAUAUUCACAUCUUAAGAUUAAUCAUUGUUUCGACAAGUUUGAACAAAUACAUUUUACCGAGUCUCCGCAAGUGCAAAUAAGGGAAAUUAAUGCAAUUAUGAAGGAAUAUAUAUCAGGGAUCAUUUCUAAUCCCGUGGAACUGAACGAAAAUACCACGAAGAUAGAACUUAUAUUGACAAAUACUUUCCGUUUAGAUGAAAGAAAGUUCGAAGCAAUGCCAAUAGCCAGUUCAUCUGGCAAAUCAGCAAAAAGGAUUUUUUUAGAACGAAAGUGCAGAAGCUCCUUCUCGCCCGAAUUUAAAAUGCAUGUGAGCGAGUUUCCCCACGAGAAAAGUGACACAUCGCUAUAUAUAUUGUUACCGGCUUCGUUUAUUUCAAAGCAAUGGAAGAUCAAAGAAAAUAUCAGACACGAUGACCUACGCCGUUUGACCGAUCAUUUUUCGGACUAUGAGAAUAUCAUGAAAUUGCGGGAGCUGCUCAAGACGAUAUCGAAGAAAGAAGAUGAUACAGAUCUCCUGACAUGCCCGGUCUUCGAGUUGGAAAUAAGUCUGAAAAUCCAUGACCUGCUUAAGGCCUUCGAAAAAUCAUCCGGCAGUUCGAGAAAUAGGAGCAAGGAACACAUAAUCCAAGGUGUGCACCGUGCUUGUGUCAAAGUUUCGGAAGAGAACACCAAAGCUGGUGGAAUUAACGUGAUCUGUAAAGAACGAGCGUUCUUACCGAGUCCCAGAAAAGUCUAUGUGGAUUGCGAUUAUCCGUUCAUCUGGUUCAUCUAUGAAAAAGAAAUUCAAGAAAUUCUCUUUAUAGGUGUUUGUGAAAAAUCCGACAAGUUCUAAGUUGGACGGUCGUAUAUAAAUUAAUUGGUCCAUCAUGAGAAAUUGCGAUGGCAAAAGUGUAUUGGAAAAUGACGUAAUUAUGAAAGCGAUUUACAUUUUUUCUCUUUCUCGAGUCAACUUUUUAUUACGAGAAUUCAUUAUAUGUUAUUCUCGAUUUAUUUUAUUAGGGUUUUCUAUUAAUCGUAGCUUAAUUAAUGAAAUAAAUCACUCUCUUCGUCAUUCAAAUUUAAUAUUUGCUUGUUAUUAAAAUUAUAGAUUUUCGAAACUCGAGAAUGAGAGAAAGGUUCGUAGUCUGCAAAGAUCUUUUUGAAAAUUUCUGCGAUGCUCGUAAAUUUAUUUUUGUAUUGGAAUACAAUUUUAUUUUUAUACUUUAUAAAU